UGGUAGGUUAAAGGUCACUAUAAAGGAGCGUAUCCUCUCUUAAAAAUCCACUCACAUUAUUCUCCUCUUUCUUAUUGUCCUCUCUCUCCCUCUUUCUCUCGAAUUGUCCAUUGCAGCCUCUUCUGUUUGUAUCCAUACAUUACUUGUCUACAAUAAAAUAACUUCACCUACUACAGUCGCCCCCAUUUAACAAUGCCAGAAGAAAGUACCAGCAAUUCCUCAUUAUCUCCACCAUCUAAUUUAGCCGCCGCCGCCACUAAGCACUCCAAAUCUGAAGGCCCAGUUGACAAAAGAUCCUGCUUAAAGAGAGCAAGAGAUUGUAGCAAGCACCCAGUUUACAGAGGUGUUAGAAUGAGAAGUUGGGGUAAAUGGGUAUCCGAAAUCCGCGAACCGCGUAAAAAAUCAAGAAUUUGGUUAGGAACAUUCCCUACCGCUGAAAUGGCGGCGCGUGCACAUGAUGUUGCCGCCAUGAGCAUUAAAGGUAAUUCUGCCAUUCUAAACUUUCCACAGCUUAUUGACUCACUUCCUCGUCCAGUUUCAUUAAUGCCACGCGACAUUCAAGUAGCCGCUGCUAAAGCUGCUUCAAUGGUUGAGUUUGACUCAUCAUCAUCAUCACCAUCAUCGUCCUCGUUGUCAGAGUCCUCGUCAUCACUUUCUACAUCCUCAACAUCAUCAUCAUCCUCCGUGUCAGUGUCCGAGGAUGUUUCAGAAUCCGAGGAAUUAAGUGAAAUCGUGGAGUUGCCAAAUAUAGAAGGGAGUUUUGAGUUGGCACCACUAAGUAGUGAGUUUAUAUUGAUUGAUUCUGUUGACGGGUGGGUUUAUCCACCACAGGACAACAUUUGUGGAGAAUUUUCUGAUCAGUUAUCAGGGUUAGAGAGUUUGAUUUCCAGUAACUUUGGAACUUCAGGUUGGGAUUAAAGACUAUAAUUGGUGUGUGUGUUUUCUUUUUUCUUUUCUUUUUCCUGGAAUUCUUUUAGUAGGUCAGUUAAUUUGAGCAAUUUUAGCUUUUAACAAGAUGCCAAAUGUUCGGCCACUUUUAUUGACUGGUCACUUCCAAUCUCUACUGUAAUAUGAACUAUACUGUCCAGUUUUUAGCUCCUUUAUACUUACAUAUAUGAUUAAGGUAUUUCUUGGAUGCACAUAAUGAUAAUAAUUAUUCGGACAA